AUGAAGAACAGAAACAAAAAACAAGGGGAUGAAGGAUCGGCACAAAGUAAUGCAUCCAGCAAUUCAGCGUCGGAAGAAACCAACCGCUCCGCGUCCGAGUCGGGGAGUCAGUCCGAGAGCGAACACGGCAGUGAGAGGCAACCUUCCCGCCGCUCUGAGUCCAACAGCUCGUCGGGAUCCGAGAGUCACUCAGGCAGUGGAAGCGAGUCUGCCGAGUCCAAGAGGCAAGGUAGCGGCGAUCUCAAAGACAAGCCAGUUAAGAAGAAGGAACGUCUAGCUGAUGUCAAGAAGAUGUGGGAGGAACAUCCAGACGUAUAUGGAGUCAGAAGGUCAAAUCGCAGUAGACAAGAACCAUCUCGACUGAAUAUCGGCGCUGGGGGAAGCAGUGACUCAGAAAGUGAAAGUCCCAAAAGAAAAAGCUCUCGAGUAAAGAAGAAGGAUAUCUGGAAUGAUGAUGACUCAAAUGAUGACGAGGAGGAAGCUUCCAGCAGUACAGACAGUGAGCAGGAAGAGAAAAAAGUUAGAUCCAGACGACUUCCUGCUAGAAGACCUCAGACAAAAUCCUCAAACAAAAAAAUGUCCCAAAAAACGAGGAAAUCAAGAAAACAGGAAUCUUCUCCUGAGGACGAAGAUGACGAGGAGGAGGAGGAGGAUGAUGACGAUGAUGAGGAUGAUGAUGACGACACUCCGAAGAGACAAACUCGUCGGAGAGGGGCAACAAAAGUCAAAAGCUAUAAAGAAGACCAACAUGACUUUGAAACAGACUCUGACGAUCUGAUUGAGAUGACAGGCGAUGCGUGCGAGGAACAACAGGAUGAUGACAGCGAGACCAUUGAGAAAGUCAUGGACACCAGGAUCGGCAAAAAAGGAGCCACAGGUGCUCCCACAACCAUGUAUGCAAUGGAGGAGAACGGGGACCCUUGUGAAGGCUUUGACCCCAGUAAUGAAGAAGGGGAAACUCAGUAUCUGGUUAAGUGGAAGGGCUGGUCUUACAUCCACAACACAUGGGAGAGCAUGGACUCACUGAUGCAGCAGAAGGUUAAGGGCUUGAAGAAGCUGGACAACUUCAAAAAGAAAAACGAAGAACUCAGCGCAUGGUUGAAUAAGGCAUCUCCUGAGGAUGUGGAGUUCCACAACUGCCAGAUGGAGCUCAUUGCAGACUUGAACAAGCAAUUUCAGUUUGUGGAACGCGUCAUUGCAACUAAAACAGGAAAAACACAUGGAUCCUCUGACUUCCCAUCCCAUAGUCACAAAACGUCAUCCAAUGAGCCCGAGUAUCUAUGCAAGUGGAUGGGGCUCCCAUAUUCUGAAUGCAGCUGGGAGGAUGGCGCGCUCGUCAUGAAGAAGUUCCAACCCUGCAUAGACAGUUUCUUGAGCCGUAACUCUAGCAAAACUGUCCCCUCAAAAGACUGCAAGGUGUUGAAACAAAGGCCGAGAUUUGUUGCCCUGAAAAAGCAGCCGUCGUACAUUGGCGACGAGAAUCUGGAGUUGAGGGACUAUCAACUGGCUGGGCUGAACUGGUUAGCUCACUCUUGGUGCAGGUGUAAUAGCGUCAUCCUGGCAGAUGAAAUGGGUUUGGGAAAGACAAUCCAGACCAUCUCUUUCCUGUCCUACCUGUUCCACCACCAUCAAUUGUAUGGUCCAUUCUUAGUGGUGGUGCCAUUGUCUACGCUGACCUCCUGGCAAAGAGAAUUUGAUACCUGGGCCCCUGACAUGAAUGUAGUAGUCUAUCUCGGUGAUGUUAUGAGCAGAAAAACGAUCCGCGAUUACGAGUGGGUGAACCAUCAAACUAAAAGAAUCCGUUUUAAUGCACUGUUAACCACUUAUGAAAUUCUACUCAAGGACAAGGGGGUCCUGGGCAAUAUCAACUGGGCGUUCCUGGGUGUGGAUGAAGCUCACCGGCUGAAGAAUGAUGAUUCCCUCUUGUACAAAACCUUGAUGGAGUUCAGGUCCAACCACAGGCUCCUCAUUACUGGCACACCACUGCAGAACUCCCUCAAAGAACUCUGGUCACUGCUGCACUUCCUUAUGCCAGACAAAUUUGACUCAUGGGAGGAUUUUGAGGACGACCACGGCAAAGGAAGAGAGAAUGGCUACCAGAGUCUUCACAAAGUCCUGGAGCCCUUCCUGCUUCGACGAGUCAAAAAGGAUGUGGAGAAAUCCCUUCCUGCCAAAGUGGAGCAGAUUCUCCGUGUUGACAUGAGCGCACAGCAGAAGCAAUUUUACAAGUGGAUUUUAACCCGGAAUUACAAAGCUCUUUCCAAAGGCACCCGAGGCAGCUCCUCGGGCUUCCUGAAUAUUGUAAUGGAGCUGAAAAAAUGCUGCAACCACGGUUUCCUCAUCAAGCAGCCCGAGGAAGGAGAGCCCGAGUCACAAGAGGAACACCUGCAGGCACUGGUGCGGGGCAGCGGGAAGCUAGUCCUGCUGGACAAGCUCCUCACUCGGCUCAGGGAGCGAGGCAACAGAGUGCUCAUCUUCUCGCAGAUGGUCAGAAUGUUGGACAUCCUUGCUGAAUACUUAGCCAAGAAACGAUAUCCGUUCCAGCGAUUAGAUGGCUCCAUCAAAGGAGAAAUUCGAAAACAAGCACUGGAUCACUUCAAUGCUGAAGGUUCAGAGGACUUUUGCUUCCUCCUGUCCACGAGAGCUGGAGGCUUAGGGAUCAACUUGGCCUCAGCUGACACAGUCGUCAUCUUCGACUCGGACUGGAAUCCUCAGAAUGACCUCCAGGCGCAAGCAAGGGCUCAUAGGAUCGGACAAAAGAAGCAGGUGAAUAUAUAUCGGCUGGUCACCAAGGGAACGGUUGAGGAGGACAUCAUUGAGAGGGCAAAGAAGAAAAUGGUUUUGGACCAUUUGGUCAUUCAACGAAUGGACACCACUGGCCGGACUGUUUUGGACAGCAACUCUGGCAACACCAAUUCCAACCCAUUUAACAAAGAAGAGCUAACAGCAAUUCUCAAGUUUGGUGCAGAGGAACUCUUUAAAGAAGCAGAAGGAGAGGAAUCAGAACCUCAGGAAAUGGACAUUGAUGAGAUCCUGAGGUUAGCUGAAACGAGGGAAAGCGAUCAGGGUCAAAGUGCCACUGACGAACUCCUGUCUCAGUUUAAGGUAGCCAAUUUUUCCAGCAUGGAAGAGAGUGCUCCCGACAUGGAGGAAAAACCUUCUCGGGAAUGGGACGACAUCAUCCCCGAGGAUCAGCGGCGUAAAGUCGAGGAAGAGGAGAAGCAGCGGGAAAUGGAUCUAUUUAUGCUGCCUAGAAGUAGAAGCUCCAACAAGCGGGCUCAAGCCAAUGACAGCGACAGCGACGUGGGCUCCAAGCUUAAGCAACAUUCUUCCGGCUCCGACAGCGAAACUGACGACAGCGACGAAGAUAAAAAACCCAAGAAGAGAGGCCGACCUCGAGCUCGCAAAAACAACGUGGAGGGUUUUAAUGACGCCGAGAUCCGCAGGUUUAUCAAAGCUUACAAGAAGUUUGGAGCUCCACUUGAACGGUUGGAAGCCAUCGCCCGGGACUCUGAGCUGGUGGACAAGUCCAUCGCAGACCUAAAAAGACUAGGUGAACUCAUUCACAGCAGCUGCUUGGCUGCAGUGCAGGAGCAUGAGGAACACUUGAAAGAGAACCCAGUUGAAGCUAAAGGUCCCGGAAAACGGCGAGGAAUCAACAUCAAGAUCUCAGGAGUGCAAGUCAACGCCAAGUCCAUUAUACAGCAUGAAGAGGAGUUCGAGCCCUUGCACAAAGCUGUCCCGUCUGAUCCUGCCCAAAGGAAUACGUUCAAGCUCUCCUGCAGAGUCAAGGUUGCUCACUUCGACGUGGACUGGAACGUGGAGGACGACGCUCAGCUCUUACUGGGGAUUUAUGAGCAUGGAUUCAGCAACUGGGAUCUGAUCAAGACCGAUCCUGAUCUGAAGCUCUGUGAGAAGAUUCUGCCAGACGAUCCAAGCAAGAAGCCUCAGGCCAAGCAGCUACAAGGGAGAGCAGAGUAUCUCCUCAAGCUGCUCAAAAAGGAACAAGACAGCACAGACGUGUCAAAAACAGGGGACGAGGUCAAAGUGAGAAAGAGAAAACCUCGGGUGAAGAAGGAGAAGGUCGUCAAGGACGAGCAAGGAAAUGACAUCUCGUCCCCACGAUUGUCAGAUAAUCCUUCAGAAGAGGGUGAACUCAAAGAGGAAGGCUCGGAAAAGUCUCCAGCCAAGAAACGACAGAAAAAGAAGGACAACAAGGAGAACAAGGAAAAACAGGGAACCACGAAGAAGGAGAAAGAAGGGCAUAAAGAAAAGAAAGGCAACAAGGCCAGGAAAGAAAAGGCCAAAGGAUCCAAAGCAAGGAAAAGUCAAGGACCGGUUCACAUCACGGCAGGUUCCGACCCCGUUCCCAUCGAAGGAAAGGAGGAAGACGAACUGGACCAGGAGACUUUCAGUAUUUGCAAGGAGCGCAUGAGGCCGGUGAAGAAGGCGCUGAAGCAACUGGACAAACCGGACGAAGGCUUGUCAGACCAGGACCAGCUCCAGCACACACGCACAUGCCUGCUGAAGAUCGGAGACCGUAUUACAGAGUGCCUUAAAGCCUACAGCGAUCCAGAGCAUGUGAAAACAUGGCGACGAAACCUCUGGAUUUUUGUGUCCAAAUUUACAGAGUUUGGCGCUAAGAAGUUACACAAGCUCUACAAAAUGGCCCAGAAGAAGCGUUCACAUGAAGAAGAGAAGGAACACAAGAAGAAGGACGACUCCACCGGGAGAGGAAAGUCUAUCCGGCCGGACGCUUCAGCGUCCAGUCGUGACUCGUCGGGUCCGCAAUCGGGGUCUCACUCCAUGCAGUCUGGCCCGCACGGACAUCACAGAGAUUACAACAUGGGUGCCAAACGACAUUUUCCCAACGACGAGCGGGGGGACUGGCAACGGGAGCGCAAGUAUAACCACCCGGGCAACAGCAACCAGUCAUGGCAGGGCGAGCGGCACCACCCGUACGACGGCCACCGCUAUAAGGACCACUACAGCGACCGGCACGCCCAUGGUGACUCCUACCGCAGCUCGGGCGGUUACCGCAACAACAACACGCCGAGAAAGAGGCCCUACGACCAGUACGGCAAUGAGAGGGAUCACCGGUCGCAUCGGCCCUACUACGACAGGCACCAGGACCCGAAAAGACGGCGUCCUGACGACUUCCGCCCCAACUACCACCACCCGGGACGCGAGGGCCCUUCUCAGGACUUCCGUCGGAUGCCGGACCACCGGCCAGCACUGCCGCCAGGCCCGGACCACUACAACAGACCCUUCCUAGGGGACAAACCCCCGCCUCUGGACCCGCGUUCGCCUCAGGCCCAAAAGUCCCCGCACGAAGUCCUCUCGUCUCCGGCGGACCCCAACGCUCCGGCCGAGCUCGCCUGGAACAACAGAAAGAACUAA